AUGCAGCGCCAAAGUUCGCUGCUGCUGCUGCUGCUGGCGCUUGCUGUGUCAGCACAAGCGCAAGCCUGCGAUGUCACCGUCGGCAAUACAGGUGAUUUGGCCCUGCAACUCACUGCAGGGUCGACCGCCGCUGUGGUGUGCUUGCAAACCGGAACGUAUGCCUUUUCCAACAGUCAAACGGUCGCCCGUUCUUUGACACUCCGCGGAACGGGCAUCACCGCGGAUAAUGUGGUCAUCUCCUCGACCGGAAACAACGUAUUCGUUGUUAACAGCGGCUUGACCGUCAACUUUGAAAAACUCAGGAUCAACGGCGCCCGCACUUGCAUCAAUUUGGCGAACACUGCCCAGUCCACAAUGUUUGACAUUACUCUGAACAAUUGCGAUUCGGUUGUGUCUCAAGGCGGCGGCAUUCAUCUUGUCAGUAACAAUGUCAUCAGCAUCUCCAACUCUCGAAUCUCCAACAGCCUUGCUCCGUCUGUCGGAGGUGCUAUUCAAGUCGGUGCCAGCUGCUCAGUCCAAGUGACAAAUGUUACAUUCACAAACAAUGAGGCAACCUACAGCUCAAGUGCUUCGAUUGGCGGGGCCAUUGGCAUUGCUGGAAACUCUGCAAGCAUCACAAUUACGUCCAGCACAUUUUCCGGCAACAAAGCUUACAAUGGCGGUGCCAUCGGUACUGUCAAUGGUGUGGCCGGCACCCAGCUGUCCAUUUCCAAGUCUACGUUUACGUCAAACAUUUGCUCCCCGUCCAAUUUUGCCACCGGGCAUGCACUGUACCUUGGCUGCUCAUCCACGACACGAACAGUCGUCUAUGACACCUCUUUCAUCGGAAACGUUGUGAAGCCCGGUGCGUUUUCAGGGAGCAUUGCAACACCGAAUGUGAACGGUCAAACGCCGAUGCUCCUCAUGUACAAGGUGCUAGCAUCGGGACAAGCUAGCCCCGACGCUUUAUAUCCCAACUAUGACGUUUAUUUCGGUAGUGAUCAGACUUUUGUCGUCAUUUGGAGUACGACGGACGAAACCAGCUUCAACGAUUUUGGCACUACGGCAAAUUACAAAGAUGCCAACGCCGCGCCUGCGACCGAGAUUUUCUCCAGCACCGAGGUUUCAGCUUCGACACACUUGCCCUUGUCCUCUGUCCCGCACUCCUCGUCUAUUGUGGCCCUGUCGUCGGCAACUCCGGCCGUAUCCAGUAGCGCCGCUGGCCCAUCUGGAUCGCCCGCUAGUGGCUCGUCCGCGUCGAUCGUUCCAAUUAUCGCAGGAGUCGUUGGCGCGCUCGUGCUGUUGGUCUUGAUUCUCGUGAUUGCGCUUCGUCGCCGACGCCAUUCUCGCAAGCCGAGAGUGGACGACGACUUCCAAGCGACCGCCUUGCAAUUCAAUCCUCUCGCAAACCGCCACGCACCCUCGACCUCGGGAGACAAGGCGUACGAUAUUCUUCAACAGCAGCGGACUUCGAAUUACGACGAUUUGGUCGCGGUCCGAAAUCAAAAGGCCGCAGAGGUCGCCAACCCCCUGUAUGACGACCUGCAGUCGCACUACGCCAGCCCCAAGGAAUCAAACUAUGCCGCAAUCGAUCAGCGCUCCGGCUCGAGCUAUGCAGAGCCAGGCCGCAAGGAGGAAUCCCACUACGAUGACACAUCCAAUUACUCCCAACCAAAAGCACCCGGGUCCAAUUACUCGGAUGUUGUCGUGGGCAGACGGGACGAGCGUUUAUCCAGCGAAAGUGCAGCGUCGUCGCACCCUGGUCCGACCUACGCGGCACCAGACUUGCAACCGGGCCACUAUGCUGCUCUGGAGCUUGACACUCCAACUGGCUAUGUUUAG